UUUUUAAUAAACGAAAAUUAUAAAAAGUUACAGUUAAAAGAAAGAAAUUUACUUUGAAAUGGAGCAGAGAGACUGAUGAAUGUUUUAUAUGAAUUCAACAUUUAAAGAAUAUGGCUCAAAGGUGUUUGUGAUUGAACUCUGUACACUAUACACUGUACCGCACUGGAUACUGGAUACUGUACACUGUACCGCACUGGAUACUGGAUACUGUACACUGUACCGCUCUGGAUACUGGAUCCUAUACACCACUGUAGAAUAAAAUGUCAUUUCAUCAUCUUUUCUUGAUCUUCCUAACUUUUCAAACACAAGUGAGGGCGGAUACAAACUUCUUGACUGGAGCUAAUGAUAUCCUGGUCUCCAGGAAUACAGAUGGAGAUCUCUACGCUACUCCCUUCAGUCUACAGAUAGGGAAGAAGGAUGUCUGGCUACCAAGGUCUGGACAUACUGUUAGCUUGAAACUGAACGGUGAAAUGGUUCCUCUGUCAAUGACUCUAGAUAGUAAAGGACAUGCUUACUUCUCUACUACUGAGACCCUGAAACCUAAGUAUAGGUUCUGGUCUGCUCUGCUAGGUAUGGCUGACCCUGAUCCUCAUCAGAUGACCGAUAGUGCUACUCCAGCCCAGCUGGAGACCCUCAACCUCAUCAAGGGGCAGAAUACAUUAGAGUACCACGUGAUUACCUCCUCUGGUUCAAUUGUUACUACUUCAGCAAAUAUUUACUUUUUGGACUCUACACAGAAGUUUGUGGUAUCGGAUAUUGACGGUACAAUAACUAGGUCCGGUAAUAUAUGUUAAUCAUUUGAAAAAAUA